UCUUCUCUCAUUCAUUACCCUCUCUCUUUCUCUCUCUACAAAACUACAAUUUUCAGAAAGACUAAAGCAAUAUUAAAGAUCACCUUGAACAAGCAACCUAAUAUUUAAAAGAUCAAGCAUUAUCUGAUCAAAAAUUGGAAAAAAGACUGGUAACAAAGUGAGUAUUAAGCAUGGAAGUGAGCUUAAAUGAGUUAUACUCAAAUAUGAGUAAAUACCAAUUAGAAGAAACAGAUCAUAUUUCUUCAGAUAAUAGUGGAGAUAAUUCUCCUUCUUCCACUACUUUCAAUGCUUCCAUUUCCUCUCCUAAGAGAAGUAGGCGAGCUAUACAGAAGAAGGUUGUAACAUUUCCACUGAAAGAAAUGGAAGGAUCUAGAUUUAAGGGAGACUGUACUCCUCCUUCAGAUUCAUGGGCUUGGAGAAAGUAUGGCCAGAAACCCAUCAAAGGUUCUCCUUAUCCCAGGGGUUAUUACAGAUGUAGCAGUUCAAAGGGUUGUCCCGCAAGAAAACAAGUAGAAAGAAGCCGUACAGAUCCAAAUACAUUAGUAGUAACCUACUCUUAUGAACACAACCAUGCUUGGCCUAUUUCUAGAAACAACCACCAUAACCGCCACACCACCACCACCACCACCACCAUUCCUACCACCCGCACUUCCUCCUCCACUCCCGCCGCCUACGACAACCCUUCCGCAGUUGUGGGUCCCACAAAUGAUGAUCACCCAAAACCAGAUCAUCAAAACACCCAAUGUUCAUCAGAUCAAUCCAUAUUAUUCCAACAAUCUGAUCAUCAUGAUGCAAUGAUUCCGCCAACUGAUCAUGAUCUGGCAUGGUUAUCAUCUGAUAAUCAUAUUCUAGAAAACAAUUCAUUCUUCAGCAGUUUCACAGAUGUUGAUUACAUGGCAAAGAUAUUUCCAAUGAGGGAAGAAGAUGAAUCACUAUUUGCUGAUCUGGGUGAGCUUCCAGAAUGUUCGGUGGUGUUUCGGAAGGCGGCGAAUGUGGUGGCUGGAGAAACAUGGUGUGGGACCACGGGUUGAGGUUGGUUGGUUAGUUAAUUAGGGUAUAAUAACCCACCCGUUUGUCUUCAUUAGUGUGCUGGCGGGUAUGAUUAAUAUAAUUAAUGGUUAAUUAUUGUUAAUUAGCAUGGAAAGUUGACAAAUCAAAGGGGGCUUACAUACCUUACGGCAUAAGAUAAUCGUAUGUUCACACUUUGCUUACGUUCUUAUAUUAUGAUUAUUUUCUUUGAUUGAUUUUCAUUUACGUUUGAGGGAAAACAAAGUACAGUUUUUUUUUCCUUUUUUUAAUUUAUUUUGAAUAUUUGAUCUUGUUAAUUUACCAAUUAUGUCUUCUUUUUAUGAUCAUCAAAAUAGCAAAAGAUAUUAUAUUUUAAAGUAU